CGAUAAUCGAUGGCAAAUAUAUCGAUUUGUAUUGUCUAAUAUAAUUAAUAUCGAUUCACUAAUACAUCGAUAUACCUUUUCGUCCCUAAUUUCUUUUCAUGUUCUGUUUUGUUGAUUGUCGGCGGUUUGGCUGAUAAAAUUCGUCAAAAUGUCGCUGGUGAUUCCAGACAAAUUCCAACACAUUCUUCGUAUUAUGAAUACGAAUAUUGAUGGCAAACGUAAAGUUAUGUUUGCAAUGACUGCCAUCAAAGGUGUGGGUCGCAGAUACUCCAACAUUGUUUUGAAAAAGGCCGACAUUGAUCUGGAUAAACGUGCUGGUGAAUGUACUGAGGAAGAGGUGGAGAAAAUUGUUACCAUCAUGUCAAACCCCAGACAGUACAAAAUUCCCGACUGGUUCCUCAACAGACAAAAGGACAUUGUGGAUGGCAAAUACAGCCAGCUGACAUCCUCAAAUUUGGACUCGAAGCUUCGUGAGGAUUUGGAGCGGCUAAAGAAGAUCCGUGCCCACAGGGGUAUGCGUCACUACUGGGGUCUGCGUGUGCGUGGUCAGCACACCAAGACCACUGGUAGGAGAGGAAGAACUGUUGGUGUGUCUAAGAAGAAGUAAACUGUUUAAAUAAAAAAUGUUUUAUCACUAAAA